GUUUUAGGUAGUGAGUUAAUGUUUUUCCACUGUCAAUCGCAGUCCUUUUGCCUACAAAAUCGGUUGUGUAGCGGCAAACUGUAAUAAAAUGAAGAAUUUUAUUUUUCUUAUCGUUAUAGCAGUAGUUCAUAUAAAUGAUGUACUGAGUGCUGUAAAUCCGCUAGUUGCACAGUGCAAAGGUCGUUCCUUUGAUAAUUUGCAAGAGAGAAUUCAAAUCUCUGCAUGUCAAUCGGCUAAAAGUCGCUGUAAACUACGUAAAGGCACAGACGUCCACGUUACAUUCAAGUUCAAACCCACAACAACUGUGAAAACUCUUAAGAAUGAAGUAUAUGCGGAUAUCGCGGGGGUGCCAUUACCGUUCAUUGGCGUGACGGGACGGGAUGCGUGUCAGUCCGUGGUUAGAGCAGAUGACGGCUCACCAGCCCGGUGCCCACUCGAAGCGAACGUAGAAUACGUUUAUACAAACAUCUUUCCAGUAGAAUCCUACUACCCAGAGGUCACGCUCCGUGUACACUGGGCACUUAUAGACGGAAGUCGAGACGUUAUUUGUUUCGAAGUUCCUGCUGCCAUCUCGCCCGCCUCGAAAAAAGGGUAAAUGCUAACGCCUACCAGUAGUAUCCAGGUUGUAACGCGAGAAGUAGCCUUUUUUAUACUUAAAGCUGUAUUUGAGCUUAAAAUUAAACAAGUAAAGCUU